AUGUGGUUUAACCUUACCACCAAUCAGAAGGCCUUCGCCUUGACUUCUUUGCUCCUAACGCCCGGUGCCUUAGCAGCUGCUAUACCGCCAAGCGAAGUCAACUCGGACUUGAUAACGCCCUCAUUUGUUGCUGAUGUUCCGACGAACACACAUGUCCCUACAACUGGAGCGGAUGGAAGCCUAACCUCCGACCCAAAUGUAGGUGUGACCUGUCGGACCUGCGAUGAAGACGGUACCCCGAAGAGCAUCUGGGAAAUUAUUGCUUCCCAGCCGAAUGCUGCUCCCAGAUCCGUCGACGGGGUCCAUUUCCUGACUGAGCGAGACGACGAUACCCCGGAGAACAUCUGGGAAGUUAUUUCUGGUCCGCCGAAUGCUGCACCUAGAUCCGUUGACGGGGAACCUUCCCUGACUGAGCGAGACGACGAUGCGGAAUCUAUCACUGGCCCCCACGGGUACCAGCCUUCCACCUCUGUUGACGAAGCCUCUUCCCUAACAGAGCGAUCCAACGUUGAUGCGAAUGACAUUACUUCCGAAUUUCGAGAGGAGGACACCCUAAGCGGAAAUUCAGAUGAUGAUGUUGCACCAUCGAAGACUACACGCCAGCCGACGACCGAGGUGAAACGGGCUGCAAAAGUCACCGGUGAUGCCAAAUAUAAGAAACUUAAGGAAGCCCUCGGGAAAACACCAGAAGUUGGCCAGGGCUAUGCCAUCAAAAUCAGGAGUGAACGAGCUCGAGUCGCCGGCAAGAAGGUCCCCGACCAUUACCUGAUAGCUGCAGGCUAUGUGACCGAGCACAAAGAAGGCGGCGUCACUUAUCUCAAAUUUUCCUCUGGAUGCUGGGACAUUCAGCUCGAGGGCAAGAAGAUUGUGUUCACAGAUCGUGGUGCCAGCAGCUGGUAUGACUGGAGCGAGACUAAAAUGGAGGUGCUCGGUAAGAUCAGGUCGGGCGUGGACAACACGGAGAUCGAGAGAUAUGGGGAACAGAUUGCCGCCAAGAUGAAUAAGAAGGGUUAUAACACCCUUUUUAACAAUUGUCGGGACUUUGUGCUUAAACUGUAUGCCGAGAUCAAGGCUUGA